AUGGCCCUAGAUGCAAAUGGCUUAGAAAUUACAGAGAGUUACAGUGCAGGAGUUAAACAUUAUGAGGCUGAUGACUUUGAGCUGGCUAUCAAGUACUUUGAACAAGCUUUAAGAGAAUAUUUCAGUGAAGAUAUGGAGUGCCGAGCCAUGUGUGAAGGCCCUCAGAGAUUUGAAGAGUAUGAGUAUUUAGGGUAUAAAGCCGGCCUUUAUGAAGCCAUUGCUGAUCACUACAUGCAGGUGCUAGUUUGUCAACAUGAAUGUGUGAGAGAGCUUGCUACUCGCCCUGGCCGGCUGUCCCCAAUUGAGAAUUUUCUUCCCCUACAUUACGACUACCUGCAGUUUGCCUACUAUCGAGUUGGUGAACAUAUAAAAGCUUUGGAAUGUGCUAAGGCUUACCUUCUACUCCAUCCAGAUGAUGAUGAUGUCUUAGACAAUGUAGAUUACUAUGAGAGUCUAUUGGAUGACAGCAUUGACCCUGAAUCCAUUGAGGCCAGAGAGGAUUUGGCUAUGUUUGUGAAACGUCAUAAAAUGGAAUCUGAUCUGAUAAAAUCAGCUGCAGAGGGUCUGGGAUUUUCCUACUCUGAGCCUAAUUAUUGGAUCAGAUAUGGAGGACGACAAGAUGAGAAUCGGGUCCCUUCAGGAGUGAAUGUGGAAGAGGCAGAAGUUCAUGGAUGGUCAAUGGGAAAAAAGUCAUCACCCAAGAUAGAACGAGACCUAAGAGAGGGUGGCCCUCUGCUGUAUGAGAACAUCACGUUCGUCUAUAACUCAGAGCAGCUGAACGGAACUCAACGAGUCCUCCUGGAUAACGUCCUAUCGGAAGAGCAGUGCAGGGAGCUCCACAGUGUGGCCAGUGGAAUCAUGCUGGUUGGUGAUGGAUACAGAGGGAAAACUUCUCCCCAUACUCCCAAUGAAAAGUUUGAAGGUGCAACUGUCCUCAAAGCACUCAAGUUUGGUUAUGAAGGUCGAGUCCCACUGAAGAGUGCCCGUCUGUUUUAUGACAUCAGCGAGAAGGCUCGAAAGAUUGUAGAAUCCUAUUUCAUGCUGAACUCAACCCUGUAUUUUUCCUAUACGCACAUGGUCUGCCGAACUGCACUAUCGGGUCAGCAAGAUAGAAGAAAUGACCUCAGUCACCCCAUUCAUGCUGACAACUGCCUGCUGGAUCCAGAGGCCAAUGAAUGCUGGAAGGAGCCUCCGGCUUACACAUUCCGGGAUUAUAGUGCUCUCCUGUAUAUGAAUGAUGACUUUGAAGGAGGAGAAUUCAUAUUCACUGAGAUGGAUGCUAAGACUGUAACUGCCUCUAUAAAACCAAAGUGCGGGCGUAUGAUCAGCUUUUCAUCAGGAGGAGAGAACCCACAUGGGGUGAAGGCGGUCACCAAAGGCCAGAGGUGUGCUGUGGCUCUGUGGUUUACCUUGGACCCACUUUACAGAGAAUUGGAGCGAAUACAGGCUGAUGAAGUGAUUGCAAUCCUGGAUCAAGAACAGCAAGGAAAACAUGAGCUGAAUCAUAUCAACCCCAAAGAUGAGCUAUAAAAAUGAGAAAGAUGUUCUAUCAAAUAUUUAUUUAAAUUGUUAAUCUUAUGAGAACCUUUUUAUUUUUGUACAAAGCUGUGGUAUAAAUUAACAGGUUAAUAUGAGUCACCGGAUCUCCCUUCUGUUCCGAAAGAUGCUUGCUUUGCCUCACUCAGUCUAUCUUUCUUG